UCAUCAGAUUUUCGCGCCUUAUUAUUUUGUGAUCAUACCUACGGUGUCGUGCGUGUUUUUUUUUUUAUAUCAGAGAACAUUGUAGAAAAAUCUGGUGGUGCUUGAAACAGUGUUUACAAUUGCGUUUUGUGUGAAGUUACAAUGAAAACAAGAUGAACGACAUUCAAAACUUAAUCGAUCGUCAAUAUGGCAAUUAUUGCCGGUUUAAUUAUGAUAACAUCCUAAAGCGGCUGCUGGUUGAUGGUAGUGAAUCGUAUUACGGGCUGCAGGGAGGAAAUAUUGUUGCAAACUUCGAUCAGGACCCGCCGAUAUUUGCCUGCAGGUUUUCAGAAGCCCCUGGAUAUGAACACAUCUUAGCUCUUGCUAAUGAGGAUGGAAGAGUGGCUAUACAGGACACAUCCACGUUCAGCUCUGCCAGUACACUGGAGGGCUUCCAGUGCCACAACAAUGCUGUGUUUGACUUGGCAUGGAUGCCGCAGCACAUGAGUUUUGUUACAGUUUCUGGUGAUCACACAGCAUCAUUAUGGGAUGUUGCUGAGGGAUCUCCAAAGCGCGUACUUGUGUUCUCCAGCCAUACCAGGUCCGUCAAAACUGCUGUAUUCAGACCCACAGAGCCCUCGGUAUUUGCCACAGGCGCCAGGGAUGGACACAUUCUUAUUUGGGAUAUACGGGCGUGCAACCAACCCUCGCUGGUCCUCAAACCUGAUAACUGCCUCAUGAAUUGCCAUUCUAGUUUCACGCCAAAAACACCAGGAUCCCACAGUAAAAGGCCUCGCAUCGACAAUCAUCGAGCAAUCAGUAUCACAGGGUUAGUGUUCCAAGACGACAUGACGCUCAUAUCGUGCGGAGAAUGCGAUGGAAAUAUAAAAGUUUGGGAUUUGAGGAAAAAUUAUAAUGUGUACAAACGAGAACCUCUGCCGAAACACUCCAUACCUUAUUGCGGCAGCUCGACAAAGAAUGGGUAUACCAACUUGAUUAUAGAUGAUGCCGCGAUGAGACUUUACGCCAGUUGCAUGGACAACGUUAUUUACUGUUUCAAUAUUUCCACUUACAACACUUUGCCAGAGCAGAGAUACAUCGGGCACGAGAACAGCACGUUCUACAUCAAAACAAGCCUAAGUCCUGACUGCAUGUAUCUGGUAAGCGGCAGCAGCGACAAGAACGCAUACAUUUGGAACGUGAAGUACUCGGAGCCCAUCGUCAAGCUCACGGGACACUGGGCCGAGGUCACCUGCGCCGCCUGGUGUCAGAAAGGUGAUACGAAAGUCGUCACGUGCAGUGACGACGCCAGACAUAAAAUCUGGAGGAUCGGCAGAGAGUUUAUAGACAGUGACACUGAGGUGAAAGGUCGAGCGGAGAUAGUCCCACGGACGGAGGUCACGAGUCUACCACAAUGGGGUGCUCUAGAAAAGACACCCAAUUCACUGAAAAGAAAGCUGUAUAAUACUCCCGGAUCGUACAGCGCCAAGAGAGCGAAGUGCCACACCAGUUCUUCCGACAGGAAGACCAAGCGUUGUCUUUCUGACCUCAUGAAUGCGUCGAAAGAGAAUGAGGGCGAAAUUAUGGCCAAAAAACAAAAAUUGGAGCCAACUAUUGAAGAAGAAGAAGAGAAGUUGCUGCCCGCGGGAACGAAACGUCGACUUGACACGCCGAUUGAUUCCGAAAGUCCCAAGAAAUGUCUUUUAGAUCUGAACGCGAGUACCGACUGGACCUAUAUCCCUAAACCGGGCAGUUCGUUUAUGACACCAACGAAGAAUUACGAGAAAAGGAAUUGCAAAGCGCUAUCCCCGAAAAGUCCGAAGCCGAUCUCGCCGACCAUGGUACACUGCAGGUCGACCGUGAAAGUGUCGCCGAGUAAAGUCAGGAUAAUAACAUUCACAACGCCUACGAAGGAUUUGCCAAAUUUCGUGCUGAAUGGAGAGGCGCCGCAUCUGAGGCUAAUGUCUCCAGCCAAGAAGAAGCUGGACACCACAGACUGGCUGACGUUAAUGGGCCGAGAAAAGAAAGGAAAAGUUUCGGAUGUUGUAGAAAAAUGCAACAUAACAGCCCCGCCGAGUCCCAAGGAAAGCUUGCCACCACCGAGGAGAAAUUCCACUUCAGAAAAACCUACUAAACCCUAUAAAAAAAGUCGGACGUUACUCACAUAUUUCAAAUUAACUACUAAGGACAAAUGAGAAUAAAUUGCGACCACAGUAUUUUCUUCCCUACAAAUUUUGCAAAGAUUUUUAAGACAUUAUUAUUGGAAUCUGUGAAAUGAGCAGUGGCGAAGAGUCCAGAUACCCGAUCCCUAUCGGCUUCCCUUUAUGUAAAGUCUUAACUAUUAAUAGAACCUAUAUGUUGUGUCCAGUUCCCUUUCGAAAAAUUUCACCUUUCGCCACUGGUAAUGAACAAAAAUGAGACAUCACAAUAAUAUUAAUUUUGUUCAUUUCAAGGUAAGCUAAAUAUUCGUGGAAUCUGCUGGAAUGGGCACCUCUUGUAAUGUCGCAUUCGGCUGCUACUACCUUGGAGUACAUAUUAGUCCACAGACAUUUCUAAAGUAUUCAAUUAUAAUAUGUCAACACCUUAUAUCACCAUACCAAAAAUCUUCAAAUGCUGAUAACUCAUCAACUUCAGCACUUAUAAUAUCAAAAUUGUGAAGUCGGUUGUGGUCGCCUUUAAAUUUAAUAAAAUUGACUGAUAAAAUAUUAGGUAAUUCAUUUUAAUGUAUAUGAGGCAAAAUAAAAAUAAGCCAAAUAUUUUACAAAGUAAGAGACGUUGUGCCGACCACUAAAGUGAGAUAUAAAACAUGGUGAUAAUUCGAAUAAUAAAAUGUUAUUAGAUUACAUCAACACGUUUAUUAGAAUUAGUUUAUAGCUAUUUCGGAAGACCAUAGGAUAUGUUUUCGGAUCUCCCGGAGUGAAUCUAAUGCAUUUGCAACUGACUGUAAGAAUCGUUUCCUAUAUAUUUUAAUAAAUAAAAUAAGUUUGGAGGAAAA